AUGGAAGGUGCCGUAGGUUUCAAGUCACCACAACCACCAAACACUAAGGAAGAUAUUCAAGAGGAAAAUGAAACCAACACACAGGAGGCUGCAAGUGAGGAGACGUCCCAUAGUGAUGAUGAAACAGGACAGCCUGAAAUAGAGGAGACAAACACACAAAUGACUCAUUCCCAAAAAGACGAGGACGCAGAAAAACAGUUAAUAAAACAUGAGGAGGUGACUGCUAACUUAGACGAAGAGCAGGAGACAAAGGAACAUGAGAGAACAAAUGAAGUUGAACAACAAGACGAACAGAUGAAAGAUCAGAUUGAGACUGAAGCUAAUAUCAACAGUGAAAGCCGGGACAUACAAGAAGAAGUCAAGAAAGAGGCUAAAGAAGAACCCCAAACACAUGAUCAAACCCUAAACACUGAAAAUACAGAACAUGAAGAUACACCAGCGAUGGAAAGUGAGCUUCCAGAGGUAGCUGAAGAGCCUGCUAUAGAGAAAGAGGGUUCGGUAUCUCAUACUGAGUAUGAUAAAGAAACAGGUGUCGCUGAUACUGAGAUAAAAGCAGAUGACGCAGAUCACAGCAAUGAACGGCCAGACAGAGAUGAAAGAGAUGACCAAACAGAUGAGGCAGGUGAUGAUGGGUCAACGGGAGAAAAGAUCCAGGACACAGAUGACGUGAUGGAAGAUGCCGGUUCUGUUAUCAAGCAGAAAUGUGAAGAAAAGUUUAGUGAGGAGAAAGAUGCAGAGGAAGAUGUGAAGGACAAGAUGGAAAAGGAAGAAGAAGACAAGGUGAUAGUCGAGGAGGUUGCAGAGAAGGAAGGUGAAGAUGAGAGUAAAGAUCUGGAAGAUGUUGGGAAAGCUAUUGAAUGUGAGGAAGGAAACAAGGGUGUGGAAGAUUUAAAAGGAGAAGAUAAGGAUGAAGAAAGAAUAGAGAGAGAUGAUAGAGAUGAUAGAGAGGAGUCUGGUGAGGUUGAACUUCAAGAAAAUAAGGAGGAUCAAGAUAUGAAGGCAGAGGAUACAGAAAAUGAUACUGAUGUAGAGAUAGAAAAAGUUGAUGUGCAUGAGGGACAGAAUGAAAGUGAAGAUGGAGAACAGGGUAGAAAUGAAAUUUCAGAAGACGAAGGGCAAAAGAGUGAGAAUGAGAUCGUAGAAGAAACUGAGAAUAUGAAUAGUGAAAUGACGGAAAACAGGGAACAGGAGGAAAAUGAGAAUGAGGUGGAGGAAGGAAACAGAGAUGAGACGGCAGAGCGAGAAGGUAAGGGUGUGACAGAAAACUUAACAUGUGAGGAAGAUGAGUCAAAAAAAGAAGAAGAUAUAAACGAGAUUGGUGAGAAUGUAGAAGAGAAGGAUGAAAACAAGGAGGUCAUUUCACAUGAAAAUGUAACAGAAAAACCAGAGGACAACGUUUCCGGGGACCAAAAUGAAGAAUCGGUUAUACAGGAAGAACAAAAUGAAAUAGGUUCCAGCAGGGUGCUAGAAGAUACGAACCUCAAAGAAAAGGUGGAUGAUUCUCUUCCUGCUGGCGAGAAUAAUGACCUGUCAGGAGACGUAGAUGAUGAAAAUGGAGAGACAGAGAAUGCCAGAAAAGAGGAUGUUGAGAAGCAAGAGGAUGAAGAGAUGCAAGACAAACUAGAGGGUGAGACAACUGCCGGUCCGGCUCAAGAUGUUACAGAUGAUAGAGAAACAAAACCAGAGAUUAAUGAAGGUGUGAGAGAAGAUGUUGAAGUUCACUCAGAGAAGGUGGUGGAUGAUAAAUCUAUGACAGAAGUGGCUGAUAAAGAAUCAGAAACCUCUGCAAAAACUUUCAUAGAAAAUAUAGUCCCUGAGGAAAUGGAGACGACCGACAAGUUUCCAGAUGUUGAAGAAACAACAGAGGAACAUAAUGACAUGGAGAAAGCACCAAAAGAUGCUGAUAUGAGAAGCAGAGAUGCUCCUGAAGGGAAGGACAGUGAACCAGGGGAACCUUCAGAGAAUUCUGUUAAGGAAGAAGAAGAUAGAUCCAUGUCGCAUUCUGUGAAAUCUCAGCCUGUGGAGAAGGUGUUCAAAAAUGAAGAGAAUAAUCUGAGCAUUGAUUCAGUAGAGCCAUCCGUUCGUCCAGCAGUUUUAGAUAACGCAGCUGGGGUUGAUCUUGUGAGUAACUGGAUUAACAUUCACCAAGCCUCCAGAUACUUUCAGACAUGUAUUGAACCUGUCGAUGAAAUCAAAGAGAGCUCCAUAUCAGAUGAAACCGAGAAGGAUACGCGAAGUACUGAUGAAAUUGCAACACCAGUACAGAGUGACCUCAAUGAGAAUCCAGGGCAUGAUACUGUAGUCGAAAGUUUUAUAACAGAGAAGAAACAUGAGGACUUGGAGGAUAAUAUAACAGAGGAAAAAGUCAAGGAGGGUGGAGAUAAAAGAGGUUCUUUGGUCACUAAGUGGUCAAGACAGAGUCAUGAUGAUGGUGAGAUUGAUGGACGAGAAGAUUCCUCAUUAAACAAUGUCGUAAAGGUACAAGAUCUUGCUUCCGAAUUGAAUCCAAACUCUUAUGAAGAAUCAGAACAAAAGAAGCAACAAACUACUACUGAAGAAAUCACACAGUCGUCCUCUGUAUCUCAAACGGAGGAAACAAUUGACAAAGAGAUCCUGGACACUUCUGAACACAAUGUGAAAUCUGAGCACGAGUAUAUUGAACCGCAGAGUCCGACAAUAACGGUCAUUACAGACCUCACCAUCGUCAAUAAAUCUGAAAAUGGGAGUCAAGAUGAUACCGCAAGUGUAGAAGUCCGUUCCAGGCAGUCGGAUGGAAACAUGAGAACAAAAGUCAUUGACGGUCAUUUCAAACAGAGUGUCGGCAAUGACACGGUAAGCACUUUCUCACUAGACGACUCAAGGUUUUUUGGGCCUGCCGGAUAUCCCAGAUUGACGACUGCUCACACGGAGAACAGUUACUAGUAUGUACACAAAACAGACAAACACAGAAUAAAAUGUUGAAACAUUAUGCUUUGUCUACACAAAUGUAGAACACAGAAGCAAUGCGAGUGUAGACUGUAGAUCUGUAUGUAAACCCAUAUUGAGUCAUAUCGAAUAUAGCCCGAGAUGGCGUUAAGAAUGAAUAAACAAACAAUUGACUCAUAUUGACUCCUCUGUGCUUUAAGGGAGGCUUUAACAGCCCUCUGAAAAUAGAAACCCUACACAGCACAAGUUUUUUAAUAAUUCAUUAUUUAGAGCCCUCCUGUUGGUCAGACUGUAUUAGCAGAACAUCAGACACAUGUCAAAUGCACA